UCCGGCCCCUCGCCCCCAGAUGCCGAGCCCGGAGGAGAGCGCGCGGCGGCCGCCCCGGAGCGCCCGGGCAGCGACGGGGAGGACGACGAGGGCCCCCGGCGCCUGCCCGGCUCGGCCGCCCCGUCGGACGCGGAGGCGGAGGCGGAGGAGCGGGACGAGGCGGGGUCGCCGGCGGCGGGGAAGCGGCGCCGGGCCGAGCCGGGCUGCGCCAAGCCCCGACGGGCGCGCACCGCCUUCACCUACGAGCAGCUGGUGGCGCUGGAGAACAAGUUCCGCUGCACGCGCUACCUGUCCGUGUGCGAGCGCCUCAACCUGGCGCUGUCGCUCAGCCUCACCGAGACGCAGGUGAAGAUCUGGUUCCAGAACAGACGGACCAAGUGGAAGAAGCAGAACCCGGGCGCCGACGGCGCGGGGCAGGCGGCGCCGGCGCCCCCCGGCAGCCCCAGCCCACCGGGCCCCAGCGCAGGGCUGCCCUUCCAGGCCUUCCCCUCCUACAGCUCUGCCGGCGUCCUCUUCCCUGCCGCCGCUGCGCCCUUCCCGCUGGCCACCGGCGCCGGAGGGGGACCCUUCCCCCCUUUCCUCAGCCCCACCUACCUGGCCCCCUUCUACACCCCGCACCUCUGAGCGGGCAGCGCCACUGCAAGGACUCGCGGUGCCCCGGCCUCCCCCGCGGACAUCCAGAUAUUUAUGGACCUCUGCAGGGGUUGCCCCGAGGCGGGCCCCCCUGUCUAUGGGGCCACAGGAGUCCCAGGCCCUUGGCUUGGGAGACGGGCACCAGUUCUGCCCUUCCUCCAUCCCUUCUGCCACAUCUGGCUGAGAACUGUUUGCUUGGGCCACAGCUGGAAGCAGAAUGACGUUGAGGGCAAAGGCAGGCAAUGGGAAAGGUGGGGGUUAUGGAAGCAGGUGUACAGCGGUUGGUAUUUAUAGGAGCGAGCGGAGGGCAAGGAGAGGAGCCGUGCGAGGCAGCGUACUGCAAAAAUGUAGUUGGGAAACUGGAGCAUUUGAAUCAAUGGUGCAUUGCACUACACUCAGGUUUGCCAUUUUCCGUCGUGUUUUGUAUUUCAGAGCAUCCUUCCCUAGCAGAUCUGGGACCCCCAUCCUCAUCUCAGUGAAGCAAUGGAGAGUUUUGCCAUUGGCUUCAGCAGGAGCCAGGGUUGGGUUCCUGCACAGCCCAUCCCCUCCUGUAAAGGCAUACAGAGAUUUCCAGCUUAGCUUGUGGCAUGUCAUGAGUUACUUCAUAGAUUAUACUCAUAUGUUUCUGCUGUACUUCUUAUUCUGCAUAGACAAAAUAAGGGUUUUAAUAUGUAUGUAUAUCUAUAUUUAUAUCUAUUUGCUCCUCCUACUGUAGGCAACCAAGUGGGUUUGGCCGUUCAACAUUAUUUCUAUAUCAGUGUGUGUGCCUGUGUAUAAAUUAACACACACACACACACACACACAAACAAUGGUGACUGAUCAAACCCCACUUGGCUGCCUACAAUAAAAGGUGCAAAUAAUUAUAUAAACUGGUAUCAUUUGACCUCUUUGUUGUCCUAUGUUUUAUAUCUUGCCAGGGCUCAAGUGUACGUUUCCAGUGGUUGCAUGGUGAUUUAAAACUGAAGAAGCUGAUUUUUGCUAGCAUUCACAGAAUGCAUGUUUAAAAUGCAUAUCAUUUACUUUAACAAAAAAAAAAAAUGUAACUCCUGAAUUUUAUUAGCACAUUUGAGAUGUAGUUGUGGGCACUGGGGAUGGAAAAUAUAACCCUCUUUGCACAUGCCUGACAUUAAUUCUCCCAAGUUUCAUCCAGAAGUUUCAUCUUAAAAUAUUUCUCUCUGUUACUUGGCUUGCCAGGGCAUGUCUCAAAACCUCAGAAACAGUGACGCUGGUUACCGUUGCUUUCAUGUGAAUGAUGAUGCUGACUGGGCAGUCAGCUCUCUGACGGUCAGGAUGGAAGGUCUGCCCAACAGACUCUGUAGCUAUCUCUUAAGGACUUACGUGCUUAACAGCUUUCAAAAGGCCUGAUUAUAUACUUUUCAAAUCAACAUCUGAACUCCCAUUGACUACUAGGAUGCACGGGAGGGGGUCAGAAAAUGGAAAGCCUGGUGCUUGGCUUCCCAAUGCAGGUCAGUGCCGAGUUUUCUACUAAGGAGAGGCAGCUACUUGAAACUUUGGUUCUGUAAUUGCCACACAAGGGGGUGUGUCUACACAUGCCCCUGAUUAUGCAGCUGUUAUUAUGCAGUCAUUUAGUAUUUGCUUUAGCAGUACUAAACAGUACCAAACGAGUGCGCAGUAACUGCUCUGAGUGCGCAGUCCCAGCAGCACGCAGGUCGUUUCCAACCCUACUGCAAAGUAAUACUGGCAUCAUGGUUCAUUCCUGACAAUGCUACGUUGCUGUAGCUCACUGCUGCAGUGACAGCAUCUCAUGUAGAUGUGCCCAGGCUGUAGGAAAUAUGGCAAAACACUGGGGAAGCAUCCUACUAUUGCUCCUAUACCUCUCUCUUUACUGAGUCCCACUGACUUCAGUACAUUUUGGGUUAAGCCCAGGAUCCAAGAUCAUUCUUUCUGCAGUGAACAGUUGUUCCUUUAAUAACACAGCUCUGGUGCCAAAUGAGGUAGAAAAGAAAAUAUAAAUCAAAGAAUAUUAUUACAUUGUUCAUUCUUUUUUCUAAGCGACAUUUGUAGAAUAAAAUAAUUAGAAAGCAAAAUUUCCAGGAUACAAAAAUCUGUUUUCCACAACACAGAAAUCAGAUUUUAAAAAUAUCUGUUAAGAGAGGAAAAAUCACAUUUCACCUUCAUUGUUGCAAGUCUCAGACUAAAAGGGAAUUCUAGCUAGGGGGUAUCCAGCCCUGAGCUGCCGGGAAGUAAUUGGUUUAUACAAAUCUCUCUCAUGCAGUUUUCACAAGUUAUUGCAACAUGCUGUAUCCCUUCAGUCUCGUGAUGCUUUAAAGUGCAGAUUUUUCUACCAAAUACAUAUCUCCUAAGUGUUUGUCUAAAUAAAGAUUUUUUUUUAAUGA